CCGUGUGGGAGACUCCCAAUGUGCUUACUCUGCAGUUCACCUGCUUCGUUUCGAGUGUAACUUGUGGCAUAGCGGAAUCUGUAUCGCCAGUUUUCGAAACCCAACUGCAGUGGGCGAUUGGUAGGAGCUAAAAUUCCAUAAGAAAAUUACCACGGACCACACCAACGCAGUCUAUGCUAUACGCCAACACUUUCCGACGUUCGACGCAUCGGAUGCACUCCAUCCCGUAGUGCACUGGUAGUUUCAAUAGUCCAGUCGUACGAACAGGUCCACCACAGCGCGCCAGGAGGGAACCAUAAACGAUGGAUAAUUGCCACAACUAUGCGACCACAUCGAAAAAGAAACGUAUUCCGAUCUCCGACGACAUACACAUAAUCAUCAAAAAAUUUCGUGACAAGGACAAGCAUGAUGAAAAGCCAUCCACUUCCGGUGACCACGACUAUGACGAUGAUCACAGCAUGGAUUCGGAGGAGCUGCGACGAGUGCGGCACCAGGAACCGUCAUCUUCGUCAACGUUGGUUGGCAUUACUACAAACAGUAACAGCAACAGUACAACAUGCGCCUCCGUUGGAGGAACUUUGCAGACGGUCGGUCUCGGAAAUAGCCACACAGUGCAGGUGCAGUUGCAAGCACAGCAGCAACAAAUCAUCUCGCUCGGACAGCAGUCCGUGGGAGUGGGCGGUUCGCUCUCAUCGAACAGCGGCGCCGGUCUAGCAUGCCAAAGCAGCAGCAAUGUCGGCUCUCAGUCGGAAGACAUUAAGCAGAUACUGAAAAAGCUGUCCAAUAUCGAGGAGCUACUGAAGAUAGUGGCCGAACAGAGUCUAACUCGUCUAACGGCGCUGAAGCAGGAGUCGGGCAAUGCUCAACUGCAGACAACGACGAUUGUCUCCGGUCAAUUGACUUCCGUAGACCCAAACCCAACGCUGCAGCAACAACAACAACAACAACAACAUCAGCAACAGCAACAACAGCAGCAACAACAACAGCAUCAGCAGCAGCAACAUCAUCAUCAGCAGCAGGCAACGCAAGCAGUUGAGAUAGAAUCGUGCUUUAAGUUUCCACUGCGGUCUCUUAAGGAGCUGAUCGAGCUGAACAAGAGCAUCUGCGGCGAUGAGUCGCUGUACAACAAGCUGUUCGAGCAUCUCACCAAAAUAAGACUGGAGUGUGACCAAAAUAUCGUCAUCAAUGCGCUAACGUCGAUUGUCAGCGACGAGGUGCUCGAUGCCGUUACGUGGGACACCGGGAAAAAGUUCAAACUGUCCUCGGUCGUUUUGUUCAGCGAUUCGCUGUACGUGGCCUGGUUUAAGGACAAAAUGAAGUACGAUGAGUACGUCGCCGAAAUGAAGGAUGCCAUCGAACGCUCGCACAAGCGGCACGCGAAAGUCAAAACGAAAAGAAACCAACAGAGCAAUCAGCUGCAGCAGCAGACGGUCUCCGUGAUGCACUCUCCCCUGGGGAGUAACGCAGUCGGCGCAAAUACCUCCGUCGGUGCGCCCCCCGGAGCGGUAAACUCUAUCAGUUGCGACAACAGUGCUUUAAUCUUAAAGGUGGAAUCUCUUGAGUAGUGUCGUCAUCCGUUUUAAGGUCUGUACCCCGAAUUGCCUGGUCCCAGACUGGCACGCACGACUUCUUUGACCAUCUUUUUUUUCGUUUUUAAACAGUUUGUAACCAUUAUACCGCCUGCUAGGUUUGUUUUUCGUUCUUGAAUUAUUGAAUUCUAGAGAAAUGUUAGAUUGAAUUUUACAAGCCAUCCCGGUUUCAUGUGACGCAAAUGUACGCAUUGAGAUUUUUCAAAAUUUUCUUUUCAACAGUUUUUACUCGACUAGCUUUGAAAGUGUCAGAAGAUGAAACAUAACCUAAAGCACAUAUAGAAAACAUCAUUGUGCAUGUUAAGCAAGGCUAAACUACACCGAUAAGCGUUAAUGAUAGUGGUGUUGGAUCUCUCAUAUCAGCACCGAGAGUGAACAAUUUAGUCAGCAAUUGUUUUGUUUCUUUUUAGUGUUGAUGUUUUUUAUCUCAUUUAUGGCCAUGCAAAAAUACGGCAUACAGGAAAAGCGGAUACACAAGCGGACAAGCGGAAGGUGUCAUAUGAAGUUUUUUAACUCAUCAUUAAGAAAUAUUCAAAAUGGUCAAAAGUGCAUCCUUAAAUAAGUACACGGACAAGUUAGGUUUAGAAAUUUAGAGUACAGUGAUGUGAACAAAUCCACGUACAAUAAAAAAAUGGCAAGACACUAAA